AAACGAACCAUACAUAAACACACACAUGACACAACACCCCUCUUAACUACACCGGAACUCUCUCUCUCUCCUCAUUUUAUCUCUCCCCUCUCAUCACUUUCUCUCUCCUCCCGCCAUUGAAUGGAGGAGAAAAAACUCUUACCUUCUCAUAUCCGCCAUUGAAGAUUUGAAGAAACCUUCAUAUACUUUCUAUUAUUAGAAGAAGAAAAAUUCAACUUUCUACUUUGAAUUGACUUUUUUUAUUUCAUUUCAUUUCAGAUAAUGUCAUUCUCUCUCCAAAUCUUUACUUCCACUUCAACUUCAACCUCAUCUUCUUUGAUAAUCAGCCUUCUUCGUAAUCCAACCCUAAUUUCACCUAAUUCUUCAUCUUCUUCUCUUCUCCGAUUUCAGUAUCAUCAUCUAUUAUGCAGAAGUAGUAAAAUUAGAAAUCAUGCUCAAAUUCAACUUAAUUUGAGCAAAUUACAACUUCGUUACUAUGGUUUAAUGUCGAGGAAUUUACAUUUACAUUCGUCUCGUCGUCUUAUCUCUACAUUUUCGGCUUCCGAAAGCGAUGCUUCCACUCCUAGCGCCGCCGGUGAUGACGACUUAUUUGAGGGGCCUGCCGGAAUUGAUAGUGAUGCUGAGGAGGAAGAUCAUUGUUUUAAUUUUCCUGAAGUUGACCGUUGGGAUGUUGUUGGACUUGGUCAAGCUAUGGUUGAUUUUUCUGGAGUUGUUGAUGAUGAGUUUCUUGAGAGGUUGGGUUUAGAGAAGGGAACAAGGAGGCUUGUGCAUCAUGAGGAGAGAGGUAAAGUUUUGCGUGCAAUGGAUGGUUGUAGCUAUAAGGCUGCUGCUGGUGGAUCGUUGUCGAAUAGCCUGGUUGCGCUUGCAAGGCUCGGUAGUCUUCCUGCUGGAGGACCUGUUCUGAAUGUAGCCAUGGCAGGCAGUAUUGGUAGUGAUCCGUUGGGUGGAUUCUACAGGGCUAAAUUGCGAAGAGCAAGUGUGAAUUUUCUUUCUGCACCAGUCAAGGAUGGGACUACUGGGACGGUUAUAGUUCUUACGACUCCUGAUGCCCAGCGCACAAUGCUUGCAUAUCAGGGAACAUCAUCCAAAGUUUACUACGAUUCUGGAUUGUCCGACAUAGUUUCCAGGACAAGUAUUCUUGUUGUUGAAGGCUAUUUAUUCGAAUUUCCUGAUACUAUCAAGUCAAUAACAAAAGCAUGCAAAGAUGCACACAGCAAUGGAGCUCUGGUUGCAGUUACAGCAUCAGAUGUGUCCUGCAUUGAGAGGCACUACGAUGAUUUCUGGGAAAUAAUAGGGAAUUAUGCUGAUAUAGUUUUUGCAAAUAACGACGAAGCUAGAGCUCUAUGUAAUUUUUCACUGCAGGAAAGCCCUAUCUCUGCAACAAGGUAUCUAAGCCAUUUUGUCCCACUUGUGUCUGUGACGGAUGGGCCUCGUGGAUCCUACAUUGGGGUCAGAGGGGAAGCCAUAUAUAUCCCUCCAUCACCUUGUUUACCCGUUGAUACAUGUGGUGCAGGAGAUGCCUAUGCAUCUGGGAUUUUGUAUGGUAUAUUACGAGGGGUGUCAGAUCUGAAAGACAUGGGUACAUUAGCAGCUAGGAUUGCGGCUGUAGUUGUUGGCCAACAGGGGACUCGACUUAGGGUGCAAGACGCUGUCGAAUUAGCGGAGUCAUUUGAUUUUCAUCUGGAGAAUUCCGCAUUUUAACUGGAGUACAUCAAUUCCAUAGUGUCUUAUUGUAUGUUGAACAGACCCAUAUUUCUGAUUACUCCAGCUGUCCAUAGUAAUUUCUUCUAUUCUUCAUUGUACAUUACACUGAUUAUAUAAUUCAGGUAGAAAUUUACUCUUCUUUCUUC